CCGUGCCACUGGCAAAGGAAAUAUUCAGCAAACUCACCGAGCCUUGGACGAUAGUCAUAAAGUCAAAGUUUUAGCAAAAAACCAGGCAGGAUUAAACAACUUAUAUCAAUUAAUUACUCUUUCUCAUACUGAUAACCUCUUUAAAAUGCCUUGCGUUUUUCGUUCAGAUUUGGAAAAACAUCGGCAAAAUUUGCUGAUUGGAGCAGCCGGGAACCGAGAAGGAGAAAUUUUUUCUCUUUUUAGUGCUUUUAAUUCUGAAUCUGACCGACAAAAAGCCAUAAAAUUUUAUGAUUAUAUUGAAAUAAACAGCCCUAGUAGUUCUCGGCAUUUAUGGUUAAACGGACGAAUGGGAGAAGUAGAAUUAAAAAAAAUGAUUAUAAAUAUAAUUCAAACCGCUAAUGCCUUAAAUAUUCCAGCUAUUGCCAAUCACAAUGUUCAUUAUUAUCAAGCAGAGCAAAAAAUUAUCAAACAAAUCGUUGUUGCCAACGAAGGAAUGAAUGGUGCCAAGCAUCCUUUAUACAAUGAAGCCACCUUAGACGGAAAAGAAGAUAGAUUUGCUAAUUUACCAGACCAACAUCUCCGGAAAAAAGAAGAAAUAAUUGAAGACUGA